AUGGUGCGCAUGAUGGAGUCGCAGUGCGAGUAUUACAUGUAUUUUCCCGCAGUUCCCAUCUCCGACUUGUCAGAUCCCGCUCGCUACAGAACCUUACCCCGCCGAAGCCACCUUUACUUGGGGGAGACAGUGCGGUUUCUCCUUGUGUUGCGGUGCAAGGAUGCGUCUUGUGGAGGGACACCGACAGAGCAGGGUACUGAAAACGUAGGCGGCAAUGAAGGGUCGUUAGCCUUCGGUUCUGAGACCGCAAGCAACCGGGCUUGGCGGGAGCUUGCCGGGUCCCUAUGUGCUGUGGCCAACGUCAGUCCCGGAGAAAGUCGACACCGGUCACACCACCUACACCAUGACUACCAGAGCAGCGGGGACGAGGGGACGGACGAGGCCGAGGAUGAGUACGUUGCCGCAGCCAUAGGCAGGGUGGAUGGAAGAUGUCGCGGUUUCGGAGACUGCAAACCGCUUCUCAUCCACAACAGUACGGGGAGUGGGGCGAGGGAGUUCCGCAGGGCUCCGUUCCAGUCUCCACUUGAUGAGCCGGUAGUGUUGACCGAUGAGGUAAUUUUCCCCCUGACCGUUUCUUUGGACAAGCUGCCAGUCAGCACCCUCAAAGUCAAGGUGAUGGUGACGGUUUGGAAGAGAGAAGCAGAGAAAGCAGAAAUUCAGGAGCAUGGCUACCUUUGCAUCCUUCAGCAGCGUAUUCCCACACAAACCUUUCGUCAAGAUCUCAACACCUUCAAAGCACAGGUGAGCACCACUCUGACUGUGCUGCCUCCUCCUACUCUUCGCUGUAAACAAAUGACGAUCUCUGGGAAGCACCUGACGGUUUUGAAAGUGUUAAAUGAGUGCUCUCAGGAGGAAGUCUGUGUGAAGGAAGUGAGAAUUCUGCCAAACUUCAACGCUUCCUACUUACCCAUGAUGCCGGACGGCUCUGUGCUUUUGGUUGACAAUGUGUGCCACCAGUCAGGUGAGGUUGCCAUGGCAUCCUUCUGCAGGAUGGAGAGCCUGGCCUGCAGCCUUCCCAGCAUGCUCAGCGCUCUGGAGGAACAUGACUUCCUGUUCCAGCUACAGUUGAACGACAUGCCACCGGACGACUCCAGUGAGGGCCUAGAGGUUCCACUGGUGGCUGUGCUUCAGUGGUCCACACCCAAGAUGCCCUUCACCAACUGUAUUUACACACACUACAGACUUCCCUGUAUUCGAUUGGACAGUCCACGCUUCGUGAUGACGGCGUGCUGCCCCAGCACCGUGAAAGUUCAGGAGCACUUCCUGGUCCGCUACACACUGCUGAACAACCUGCAGGACUUCCUGGCCGUCAGGCUGGUCUGGACGCCCGAGGGUCGUGGUCAGAAUGAUGAUGCUGCUCUGGGACCUGUAGUCUGCCACUCCCCCCUCAGCAGUCUUGGUUACUGUCGUAAAGGCAGCACCAUCUCCUUCACUGUGGCCUUCCAGAUCCUGAAGGCUGGACUGUACGAGUUGAGUCAGCAUAUGAAACUCAAGCUCCAGUUCACUGCAUCCGUGUCAAACCCUCCCCCAGACGCCCGUCCCCUCUCCCGUAAGAACAGCCCCUCCAGCCCUGCUGUGAGGGACCUGCUGGACAGACACCAGGUCAGCUUGGGGAGGUCCCAGUCCUUCUCCCAUCAGCAGCCCUCGCGCUCACAUAUCAUGAGGACGGGUAGUGCCAUGGAGAGGCGAGCCAUCACCCCCCCUGUGGGAUCCCCUGUAGGCCGGCCCCUUUACCUGCCCCCACAGGAGAAAACUACUCUAUCAUUGGACAAGAUCGCCAAGAGGGAGUGCAAAGUUCUGGUUCUAGAUUCCAUCAGUUAGAGGGGGGUGAAAAGUAGCAGGGGGAGAAGGAGGGGAAAAGAGAGAGGAGGGGUGAGAGGGGAAGAGGGAACAGGGCAGAGGGGGAGAGAUGUAAGGAGAAGUGUACAAGCUACAGUGAGUGUGAGAUCAACGCCUAGGGUAACAGAUUUGUGGAACAGUGAAGGUACAGUUUGUGAAGAAAGGCAGAGUUGUGUAUUUGUCUGCACAAGAUACACACUGUGAAGACUGCAGUCUCGUGUCCUAUCAUGUGACAUAUGUGACCUUUACUUGAGGUCAUUAACCCGGUUUGAUGUAAAAGGACAGAGGGCUCUCUCUCUCUCUCCCUCACUCUCCCCCCUUCCCCCACACACACACUCUCUCCGGGCUGUAUAAAGACAACCCCGCUGUAAUAUUUCAUUUCAUUCUGAGACAGGAAGGACUGUGUGAAUGAGUACAAUCAUGUGACAUGCUGUUACUGCCAUGCAUUAUGGGAAAGUGAGGUGGCUGUCCUGUGACUGUAUGCUGUCUAUUGUAUAGUAACAGUUUUCAAGUUAUAUACAGUAUAUCUUCUGAGCGCCACUGGGAGAAGCUAUGCUGUACAUACCUUGAUGUCACCUUGUUACCUUUACCAAUUUGAUUUAAUUUCUCAGAUUUUAUCCUUGUUUCCUUCAUCGUCCUGGUUGCAUGAAAUGGUUAUGUCACCAUGAAAACCGCCACAAUUAAUUUGUCUUAGUUGUUUCUGCACGUUUGAACUGUUUUGAGAUCUGUAUUGGCAGUAUUUUAAACUUUGGGACUUCUUUUGUUGUCAAUGUUUAACAGUGAAAAGCUUGGUGUUGCUGUGACUUGUGAUAUAAAUGAUAUUGUACACAUUUGGCAGACACUUUUAUCCAAAGCGACAUGCAGGACAGGAAGACCUGCGACCUCUUGACAUUACUUAAGUUUAACUACCUCCCUUCCUCAUCUGUGACAUCACCUUACGUAUCUCCACCUCGUUUCAUAUUCUGUGGCAUCCCCUUGACAUUAUAUUAUGUGUCUCUACCUCCCUUCAUCUUCAUUGACAUCACAUUUGUCAGCACGUUAUAUCCACUUCCAUUCAUCUUCUGUAACAUCACCUAUGAGAUCCUCUCACAUAUCUCUACCUCCUUUCAUCUACUAUAACCUCAUGUAUCUCAACCUAACCGAUCAAUAAAUGAAAGAUUACACUCUUCCGUUGAUUACCAAUGAACCUUUAAGUAUUAUGUGGAAUUAACUUGCUCAUGGACACCAUCAUAGGGCUAGUUUUGGCUAACUGAAUGCUUUACGGUGGAUGGCAAGAUAAGCUAUAUAUUUGGCCUCUUAAGUGGAUUUAAGUCUAUAUCAGUUGAUUGUUGUGUAUAACUUCACUAGAUUAAAUAUACAUAUUUUUUAACAAAUUGUGUGAUGACUUGGUUUUACAAGUGUUCACAUAUUUAGCUUGUUUUAAGCAGCAACAUUUGAUGCUAUUGGAUUUCUGAUAAUUGAGGGUUCUGUUGCAAUAGGUGACGGGUUGCUGUUCCCAUGAAAUCUGAACCUCCACAUUGUGAUGACGUUGUUCUCAACCAUCUAGUCCCCUUUCAUCUUCUGUGACAUCCUUUAUGAUGUUCCCCUAUGUAGCCCAUUUCUACCUCCCGCUAUCUACCAUGACGGUUACUAUGACAUCGCCUUUUUGGAGAGAUCUAUAAGGUUGAGGAAAGUUGAGUGAGGUAGCCUUUAUCUUUCAGCUGUGGGGAAAAGAGGAAACGGGAUGAGGAAGCUGGGUGACAUUCCACAGCAGAUAUUAGAGCCUUUGUGUCUAUGUUGUCCUAGUUUUGCAUCUCUGGACAGGCAGGUGAUUUCCCAAAGCAUUGUGUAGCACUGCAUAUCAGCAAACUAAUUAAAGGUAAACUGCUUAACUUCACUGUGUGUGUUUGUUUGUUUAUUUCACCAAGGAAAGGCAAAGUAGUUCAUGGUGUCAAAAUUACAUGACGUAAAAGAAGCAAGUUGGUUGUAACAUA